AUGGACUCCGAUGUUUUCGUCGAUUUCUUGCUUGAUAACGGUCUGUAUAAAACUGCACAGGAGCUGAUAAUCGAGCUAGAAGCGGCUGGUGAGCCAGUGCCAGCAAAGUUGAUAGGUUUCUUUGGUAGAGCGGACAGUAAUUCGGUCAAAUCUGGUGAGAGUGGAAUCAAGGAAGACGCUGGUCAUAGACUUAGCUCUGAACAGCUCGCGUUGUAUGAUGUUUUAUCCCAAAUCGCCCCAGAAAGCAAAGGCGGUCCCGAAGAAGAAUCAAAAGCACUUCUUCGUUACAAGUUAAAAUUGGCAAAUGAAGAAAUUGAACGAUUAAAAGCUGCACCGUCUGAGCCGAGAACUUGUGAUUCUUUCAAUACUGUCUUAAAUCCGAUGAAUGAAAAAGUCGCGCCUGUCGAUAAUCUUGACCAACUGGUGAUGAAAUAUUUGGAAGAUAGAGGGCUUGAAUAUUCUGCUUCCACCUUAUGCGACGAGGCUAAUCUUGAUCCAUCUUUGGACCCGCAGCCAACCCUUGUUGAGCUUGUUAACUCAGCAUCCUCUGAAGAUUCUGGACCUUCAUCGAUUCUACUGGAGAAGAAACUCAAAGAGAAAACUAUCGAGCUUGAAAAAGCCAAGUCUGAUUUGAGAGCUGCUCAUGUUGAAAUCGAGCGUUUCUCGCAAAGUCUUGUCGACAAUAUGUUGACAAUGGAUACUCCUGUUCUCGCAACUCCAACCAUGCCCACUUUAUCCGGAUCUAUGAAAGGCAGUGUCGUGCAGGUUUCAGAAGCAAUCUGGAAAAUGAUUCAAGAGAAUGCGAAUAUCGUCGAUAAUGAAGACAACAAGGACACAUUUAUUGCCAACGAUAUGCCAAAUUUAUUGGGAAUCAUAGAAGACUGUAUAGAGCCGCUUCUAUCUGGAAUCCUACUCAAACAUAGACCACUACUAAUUCCACUACUUUUGUCAGCUGCGUAUCUCUCAUCAUCGCCUGAGAGCAACGACGUUUUCCUCAAAAAAUUGUUUAAUUUGAUCAAGAAACCUGAUGAAGGACAAAGAGAAAUUAUCGCUCGGGGCUGUGCCGCGUACGCGAAAUUCUGCGGAGACACGCGAUGCGAGGCUGAGUUGUUUCCGCAACUGUGGCUGCAGCUGGAUCACAAACACCCGGAGAGAAGACUUUUAGUAGCGGAAACCGCUGCGGCUCUAGCUCUGGAAACUGGGCCCAAAUCGCAUCCGUUACUGAUGUCUAUUUGCCAGCAACUUCUUGAAGACAAGGUUUCUGAAGUGAGAGUAGCAGCUGCGAAUUCAUUCGCUGUUCUUUUGUCGUAUUCUGACGAUGUCGAUAAAUUAAGUUCUAUCCAAAAUAGCAGCAUAAAAAUUAUAAACGAUGAUAGUAUACCCAUGGAAACAGCCUUACUUGUUCUAUCUAUCAUUUCUAAAGUUUCAUUCGAGGCUGAAAAAGAAUCAAAUUUGGUGCAUAAACUGCUAAAAAUCGUCGAAACUGAGCAGGACUCAAAGCGAGCCCUCAGAGCUGUAGCUGAAAUUUUACCUCAUUUUUAUGCCGUCCUUGUUAUUGAUUCUUCUUGUUCAUAUUCGACAACUUCUCAAUCGAAGGAGUGUUUUUAUGUUUCCAAGUUCAACGCCAUAUCGAAUGCUUAUCCUGAAGCCGCUGAAUUACCCGCUGACAAUAAUUGGAAGACUGCUUCAAAUCAGGAACACAGUCGUUUCAAUGUCAUUCUCACUCUUCUCACAAAGCAGAUGGUCCCUCGUCUAGUCGACUGUGCCCUUGAAUGCCCUGUUAUGCCUGAUUUCUGCGAGAUUUGGACUGAAAUAUUCGCAACCCUUGCCCAGCUCUUUGGCCCUUCUUUUAUCAAGACCUAUGUUAAUCCACUGAUGAUUUCCGAGCUUGGAUUGUUUACCGAUUCGACUGAAAAAACUGCCUUGCAGACGAUUCUCGUCUCCUGCUUCUGCUCUGGGUGCAUUGCCACGCUGAUUGACGACAAAUAUAUGUUUGAGUACUUUUCAAUGGUCCUGCGCGAGAUUCUUUUUAAAAUAACGCCACUGUACAUGAAUGGAUUCGAAAUUACGAUUGAGUCGCUCCUGCAACGAGAGGGAAAAUCUGAUAUUGUUGCAAAGAGAGUGAAUGAAGCAACGAUGGGAGUUUUAUGGGAAGGUGUGACGAACGAAAACGAGGAUAUUCGGAAAAUCACUGCGAGAGCAAUCACUUGUGCUGCGAGGAAGCUUUCCCUGACGGAUAUUUCCCGUCAAUUAUUUCCAGCGUUGAAUUCAAUUUGUCUAGACUCGUCACAAACGAUCAGGAAAGAAGCAUCGAACUGCGUCGCGGUUGUGAUUCAACGAACACAAGUUGAACGUCACGACGAUCUCGAAAAGCGCCUUCAAAAGAUCGUUAUGCAGCUGAUGGUGGAUCAGUUUUCAGAUGUAAAGACGAGCAUCAUCAAGACUCUCGUCCCAAUAGCUCUUGACUCCGAUCAAACGUACCGUGAAGACUUUUUUCUCCCCCAAGUCGCUAUGGUAGUAACGAACAUCACUCCAGCUUCUGUAGAUACGUCACUGGUUGAAACGAUCCUUGAUUUAUAUGAUCAGUUGUUGAGUUCCAACACGAUGCUGUCAAAUGGGUGUUUAACAGCAAACGUCAUACCAGCAUUAGAAUCACUGGAGCCUAUCUGUAAAACAAAAGUAUUUCAUCGGAUUAUACAGCUGCAGUCGCUGAUUAGGACUUCGAUCAGUCGUGUGGAACCGAAGCAAGGAUCACCGCCUCUUACUACGUCGAAAUCGGCUUAUAGUCUUUCAUCUGUCUUGCGAAACCCUUUCUCAAAGAAACAGUAA